GAGACUAAGGUUGUGCUGGGGUGGAGGUGGGGGAUGUUAUAAUCUAAACCGCACCCGCUCACUUAGACACACCCUUAGACCUGCCCAUGCCCUGCCUGGCCAAGUCCUGGGCCAGGGACCCCUCACACUAGAGAAGAAAGGCUCCAAGUUUCUGUCACCAUCCCAGCAAAACUGAGAAUCCACCAUCGCUGGUCCCGCCCUCAGCUGGAUCUCACUCUCCAAGUGUCUGAGGAUAAUGCUGGCUGCUCUACUGAUCACCCUCAGCUGCCUCAGCCUCCACAGCCUGGGCAGCCAUGGGCAGGGUAUUACCUCCAAGGACCUGGAUCUGGCUCCAGACACUUUUGAUGAUUCCUAUGUGGGCUGCUCGGAAGAGAUGGAGGACGUGGCAGUCCCUCUGCUACAGAGGGAGAUGGCCCACCAUACCUGGCUGCGGGUUGCCUGGGAGACAGCUGAGAAGUACUGGGAGCAAAAAAGUCCAGGGCUCAGCCUGCCUCCGGGCUUCAAAACCGAGCAUGGAAUCGCCAUUGUGCUCUACACCAACUCAUCCAACACUUUGCACCAGAAGCUGAACGAGGCUGUGCGGACAGGCGGUGGCUCCUGGGAGUCCUACAUGAACCAGUUCCACUUCAAGGCCCUGCAUUUCUACCUGACCCGGGCCCUGCAGCUGCUGCGGGGUGGUGGGGGCUGCAGCAGGGAACCCGGGCAGAUGGUGUUCCGAGGCGUGCGCACAAUUCGCUUUGAACCCAAGAGGCUGUGGGACUCUAUCCGCUUUGGCCAGUUUGCCUCCAGCUCCCUGAACGAGGCAGUGGCCCGCAGUUUUGGUAAUACCACCUUCUUCUCCCUAAGGACUUGCUUUGGGGCCCUGAUCCAGGACCUAUCUGUCUUUCCUGAGGAGCGUGAGGUGCUGAUCCCCCCACAUGAAGUCUUCGUGGUUACUGAUUUCUUCAAGAAUGAAACCCACAGCCUGGUGACUCUCUCCAGCACCGAUCACAUCUGCAGCCACUUUAACUGCGCCUAUCUGGGUGGGAGGAAGAGGCCGAGAUGUGAGUCUGUGCCAACAGGAGGGCAAGCAGACUCACUCUCCAAGAGGGACUUCUCUCUGCUCUCCUGGCAGACCCUGCUCUUGGCCUCUUGGGGAUUCUGGCUCUUAGAAACAAGGAUCUGAAAGUUCAAGACCUGCCACUUAGGAGUCCUGGGACAAUGUGACCUCCAUAUGAAGAAGGGAGGCUUUGAAGAGCCUGGAAAAGCAAGAAGGUGGUUUCAGACCAGACCUAGCAGCCAUGUCUCCAACCAGGAUGUCGGGGGAUGCUGCACUGCGAUGACAUCAAAUUUCAUGUUUGGUGCGGGGAUCAGAGUGUUGGGAAGGGGCUGGAAGGCCAGGAAGUGAAGGCACUGGCAACCCCUUUUCCUCCCCCAGCUGCUGCCCUUCUGUUCUUCCUGUCAUCCUGCUCAGGGCACUUGUCGGUUUCCCCUCAUCCAGGCCUGUGAUGAACAUUCCAUACCGGGGAUGUAGCUCCAAAUCCCUUUCUAAAAACCCGCAAAUUACCCAAUGGCCUCAAACCUUCCUAAGUAUCCCAAAGUUCUCCAUCCAAUGUGCAAAAGUCUGAAUGUGUCACCCAAAAAUUCAAAUACUGGAACCCUAAUGCCUGAUGUGAUGGUAUUAGAAGGUGAGUCAUGGGGAAAUCAUUGGUUCAUUAGUUCAUGAGCCCUAAUGACUGGAAUUUUGUUCUUGUAAUAAAAGACCCCACAGAGCUCCCUAGCAGCUUCCAACCUGUGAGGACCCAGUGGGGAGGUGCUGGUUAUGAACCAGGAAAAGGCCUUCAUCUUACCAGGGUGGCACCCAGAUCUCAAACUUUCAGCCUCCAGC